AUGGUAGAGUUUGCCAUCAACAACUCGGUGCAUGCGUCCACGACACACACACCGUUUUACGUGAAUGGCUUGCGCCAUCCGCGUGUACCCACCUUACUAGAGUGUAACUCUGGUUUAAGGGGGAGGAACUCGCGCGAGCAAAACCGAUUUGGUUCACGCUCAUCACGCUCUGACGAAGAAGUCAUUGCGUUUGAUGCCGAUAUCGAUAACAUCGAUAUCGAAGAAGAUGAUGCCAGUGAGAGUGCGGAAGCCCUCACUGAAGACAAUGAUCCCAGUGAGAGUGCGGAAGCCCUCACUGAAGAAAAGGUUGUUGUUGCUGCAGUGCGCUCACAGCACACUGAAGCUAACGAGUCAUCAGAUGAGUUCAUACUGGCUCGUGAAACGGUAGUCCGUUUUGUGCAAGACUCCAUCGCCGAAGCGGUGACUUAG